AUGUCAGCCCCCUACGACGCCAACAGCCAAGAGUACGACAAGAUCGAAGAGAAACAUGAGGACAUGAGAAGUCGAAGACAGGAUAAGACGAUCACCAUGUUGUUCAGCAUCCUCAAGGGAAAGCGCGGUGGUGCAAAGAGCCCAGAGCAGGAGCCGACCUUGAGCACCAUGCUCAAGGGAAAGCGCGGUGGUGCAAAGAGCCCAGAGCAGGAGCCGACCUUCGCUCCCAUGCUCAAGGGAAAGCGCGGUGGUGCAAAGAGCCCAGAGCAGGAGCCGACCUUCGCUCCCAUGUAA